UCACGUCAACAUCUGCUUCACGGGUGAGGCGGUUCAAGUCCAGGGGACGGUCACAGAAGAACGCAGUUAGCCAAAUAUGAGACUUUUCAUCUACUUCAUAUCAUGAGUAAAUGUGCAGUGUAAUGUAAGUUUCAAUAAUAAUUCACGGGUUAAAUAUUUUACAAUGAAAUUAGUUAAUAAAUAGCGGUUUAGCCUCCAUCUUGGUGCUCGAUCCUUCAUCCUCCUUAGCGAGGAAAUCCGCCCUUCAGUUCAGUCAAUCCCCGGAGUUAUUAGCCUCGGUUUGCCAUCACCGAAGACCCUCCCCGAUGCCGAAUACAUCCGAGGGUCCAGCUCCUCCGAGUCUCUCCGGGCCGCCGGAGUCCCCGGGGCCGCAGAGGCCCACCGACCGAGAGCAGGAGUCCGCCCUCACCCUCAUCAGCUCCCUGGCCCGCGACGCCGCCAAGAUGAGGCGAGCUUCGAGCGCCGAGCUCCACCUCCAGUGGACCUGCCCGGUCACACACUCCAGGGAGAAGUUCUACACCGUCUGCUCCGACUACGCCCUCCUCAACCAGGCGGCCUCCGUGUACUCCCCUUCCUCCAGAAAAGCAGGGGCGAAGGGGGAGGACGGCGGUCCCCCGCUGGCGAAGCCCACUCCCUGCGCGGACCUGAGCUCCGUGGGGAGCGCGGGAGCCAGAGUGGGCCUGGUCGGGGACUGUGACAUGGAGGAGGUGUCCUCUGCAAACACCAAGCCCAUCUUUGCCUGGGAGAUCGAUACCGCAGACUUCAACUCUGCAUACACCUGGAAAGUCAGAGCCAGCAAUGGCAAGAAAUGCAGCACCAAGAAGAUGAGGUCCUCUGAGAAACCCAGCAGGAACCUUCAAGAUGUGCCUCCUCAGGCCUCUCUGGAGGAGAUCAAACAGAGGAAGGUGCUGGACCUCAGGAGAUGGUACUGCAUCAGUCGGCCCCAGUACAAGACGUCCUGUGGGAUCUCCUCGCUGGUUUCCUGCUGGAACUUCUUAUACAGCACCCUGGGUGCAGGGAGCCUUCCACCCAUCUCUCAGGAGGAAGCUCUGCACAUUUUGGGGUUUCAACCGCCCUUUGAAGAAAUCAAGUUCGGUCCCUUCACUGGAAACGCCACGCUGAUGCGGUGGUUCAGGCAAAUCAACGACCACUUCAGGGUGCGAGGAUGCUCCUACAUUCUGUACAAACCGCACGGAAAACACAAGACGGCAGGAGAGACCGCUGAGGGCGCUCUGUUGAAACUGACUCAGGGGCUGAAGGACGAGUCCAUGGCCUACAUCUACCACUGUCAGAACCACUACUUCUGCCCGGUGGGGUUUGACGCCACGCCGCUCAAAGCAGCCAAGGCCUACAGGGGCCCCUCACCCACAAAUGAAAUGGAAUACUGGAUUUUAAUCGGAGAGCCGAGCAGAAAACACCCGGCCAUUCACUGUAAAAAAUGGAUGGAUAUAGUGACCGACCUCAACACGCAGAACCCAGAAUACCUGGACAUUCGGCACACAGAGAGGGGGAUCCAGCGGCGCAAAACUAAAAAGGUGGGCGGUAACCUGCACUGCAUCAUGGCCUUCCAGAGGGUGAACUGGCAGAAGCUGGGCCCGUGGGCACUGAAUCUGGAAAACCUGCGACACGACUUCCAGCAAGGGACAGAGCGGGCGCACAGAGGCGCCUCGGAGGACUCGGACGCCUCCUCCAAGCGGCUGGCCCAGCUGGGCCGCUCCCACAGCAUGGGCAGCCAGAGAGACGGCGGCUGGAGGCACCAGUCCCACACCGCAGAGUUCAGGCAGAGGAGCCCGGACAGCGACCUGGAGGAAGACGCCGCAGACUGAAAAGAGGAAGCAACCACACCGCAGGAGCAGGAUGGAGCUUCCCGUUCAGACGUGCAGAGAAGAAUCCUCCAGCCUCCUCAUCCUCACAUGUUGCCAGGUUGUGUUCCUCAUGUGUGCGAGGAGGAAUCUUCUGCUCUGCCAAGAUUUACUUUGAUAUCUACGGAUGACUAGGGUUUCAAUGAUAAGAGAGAUAUCAGAACUGAAAUCAAAAAUACUUUAUUGAUUUUCACAUUGGAAAGGAAAUGUGUAAAACAAAAAAAGAAAGUUAAAUUAGAAAACAAGGCUUUUUAAGAAAAUAAAAACUGCUGCAGAACUGGAGUUCUGCUGUGGUUAAUAGGACUGAAGCAUCACUUUGUCAAUGUAUACAGAGAAACAAAUCUAACAGCAUGUUCAAACCAUUGACUGUAUGUGAGAACUGGACUGAGCAAGUGCACAGUGAUUGAUCCCAGUUAUCAUCUCUAUGGAGACCACUCGCACCAAUCAGGAGUGAGCUUGUGGGAAGGCCACACCCCUUCCCACUGAGAGCGGGCUCGGGAGAAUCUGCCAAUCAAACAUUGAGGUGGGGGCCAGCGGGCACCACAUGCUUUCAUCGAGGCAUCUGAUUGGUCAGUUUAUAACUUGAAUAACUACAAAAAAAAGAGGAUUAUCAAGAACUUGUUUAAAAAGAAGAAUGACUGAGUUAUAGCUGUUUAAUUUUAAAAUACGUGUUUCUUUUUAUACACAACAGGACAAGUACACAAAAAAGACAAGACUGUAAUAAAACAAAUAACAAUAAGUUAAAAUGACAGAUAAACGA